UUGAAAAUAAGUACGUAUGAAAAGGCAGUUUACAGUGGUGAAAGUAAAAGAAGCAAUACCACAGUGUAGAAAUACUCUGUUACAAGUAGAAGUAAUAAUAUCUGUAGAUCAUUGUACAGAUAGUGUACAGCAGAUUGAGGAGUCUCACCCAGCCUCAUCACAAUCUGCAGGGCGAUGUCGUCCUGAUUGGAGCGGGGUUUUUUUCACACAAAGUCAUGGUUUAGAAAAGUCUCAAUUAAUCAGCGUGCACCCUGCUGUGAACUGCUGUCAACACUCCAGUCUAGAUCGACAACCAUGUGUGCAUCUUCAAAGAGUCUGCUCGCAAAGGCUUUAAACCACACACUGAACGCGUCUUUUCAACUGUCAUGCUUUGUUUACUUCUUCAGAGCUGUGAUUCCAAUCAUAAACAGUGUGUUGUUUGUGUUGUUUCCUCUCUCCAGGCCUCCCCCUUUCCCCUUUCCCUUGAAGUGAGGAGGCCCUGAGACGAUGUUUUAUGCCCACUUUGUCCUCAGCAAACGUGGGCCGCUGGCCAAAAUCUGGCUGGCGGCCCACUGGGACAAGAAGCUGACCAAGGCGCACGUGUUUGAGUGCAAUCUGGAGAGCAGCGUGGAGAGCAUCAUCUCACCCAAGGUAAAAAUGGCUUUACGGACAUCAGGGCAUCUGCUGCUGGGGGUGGUGAGGAUCUACCACAGGAAGGCCAAGUACCUGCUGGCAGAUUGUAACGAGGCCUUCAUCAAGAUCAAGAUGGCAUUUAGACCGGGUGUGGUGGAUCUUCCAGAGGAGAACAGAGAAGCAGCCUACAACGCCAUUACUCUGCCAGAGGAGUUUCAUGAUUUUGACCAGCCACUGCCAGACCUAGAUGAUAUUGACGUUGCCCAGCAGUUCAACUUGAACCAGAGCAGAGUGGAGGAGAUCACCAUGAGAGAGGAGGUGGGCAACCUCAACCUGCUGCAGGAUAAUGACUUUGCUGACUUUGGCAUGGACGACCGGGAGAUGAUGCGGGAGGAGAGCGCUUUCGAGGUGGACAUCAUGGCAGCGUCAGCCUCCAACCUGCUGCUGGAGGCUGAGGGCGGAGCUAACGCCAUGGCUGACAAGUCCAACCACCUGGAGUACGACGACCAGUACAAGGACGACUUCGGAGACAACCCCAUGGAGAGCAACGAGGGAGGCAUGCUGGUGGACAAGCUGCUGAGUAACGAGGAUGGAGGCGGCAUCUUUGACGACCCUCCUGCAAUCGCAGAAAGUGUGAUGAUGCCUCAGGACCACGGGGACGACGACGACGACUUUGAUGCUCUUUCAGCGGGGGCCCCAGAUAGUCCGGACUCAGGCCCCACAGAGCCCCUACCAGCCAUGGCAGACCAGACUGAACAGACCACGCUGGUUCACAACGAGGAGGAAACCUUCGCUCUGGAGCCAAUUGACAUCACAGUGAAGGAGACCAAGGCGAAGCGGAAGAGGAAGCUGAUUGUGGACAGCGUGAAGGAGCUGGACAGUAAAACCAUCCGUGCGCAGCUGUCUGAUUACUCUGACAUCGUCACCACCCUGGACCUGGCGCCUCCCACGAAGAAGCUCAUGAUGUGGAAGGAGACCGGAGGAGUGGAGAAGCUUUUCUCUCUCCCUGCUCAGCCUCUCUGGAACGCCAGGCUGCUGAAGAUGUUCACAAGGUGUCUGACUCCUCUGGUGCCGGACGAGCUGAGGAAGAGGAGGAAAGGUGGAGAGGCUGACAGUCUGGAUGAGUUCCUCAAGGAUCUGGAGAAUCCGGAGGUGCCCAGAGAGGAAACAACAGGACACCAGCAGAGAGACAUCAUGGACCAGACCAUCAUGGAGGAGGCCAGCGUUCUGGGUGCUUCAGCUGUGGAAGGCAGCAGGACGACGCUGGACGAGUCGGUCAUGCCCCCUCCAUCGUCCCAACGUGGCCUCAAACGUAAAGCCCAGGACACAGAACCAGCCCUGCCUAUGGGAGCUUUGGACCAACAGCAGCAGCAGCAGCAGCAGCAGCAGCAGCAGCAGCAGCAGCAGGCGGCCCGAGCCUCUGAUGUGCCCCAGCAGCUGGAGGCAACUAACGUGGAGCUGCCUCCAGAGGAAACCACCACCAUCAGCCAGCUGAUAGAGCUGGACCUGCUCGGAGACAAAGACAAGAAGAAGAACGAUGACGAGUCUGAUGAAGAGGAGGAGGAGGCGCAGGGAGGAGACCAGGACCAGGAGGAGAGGAGGUGGAACAAAAGAACCCAGCAGAUGCUCCACGGCCUCCAGAGGGUGAUGGCCAAAACCGGCACCCAGUCGGUCGGCCUGCUGGAACUGUGCAGGAACAACAACAAGAAGCAGGCGGCCGCCAAGUUCUACAGUUUCCUGGUUCUGAAGAAGCAGCAGGCGGUGGAGCUCGUCCAGGAGGAGCCUUACAGCGACAUCAUCGCCACGCCUGGACCUCGCUUCCAUAUCAUCUAG